GCGCUUUGUCGGAGAGGACGCUGCCUGUGGGGAACAAUGGAUGGAUGAACAGACGUACCAAGAGAUCUUUGGUCUGUGCCAGGCUCUUCCCGGUCCGGCAAGCACUAAGCUCCUUUUCUGUUUUACUCUAUUGCAUCACGGGCCACUGGCCGCUAUCCUUGUGCUAAUCCUUUGGAGUCUUCCGGGUGCAGUCGCUAUGUAUGCCUUCAGUCUCGGCGUGCAGAGACUCGCCGGGAUCCUGCCCCUCCCCGUGUAUGGCCUGCUCUCUGGUCUCAACGCUGCUACUGUGGGAAUCAUCAGUCUCGCCGGUACUCAACUAGCCAAUAAAGCUAUCACGUCCCAGUGGACGCGUGCCUUGGUCAUCUUUGGUGCUUGUGCUGGGAUGUGUUACAAUACACUAUGGUACUUCCCUAUGUUGCUUGUCAUUGGAGGGGUUGCUACCACCGCCUGGAAUGGAGGACUAGCCGCGUUCGUCACAAAGGCCAAGAAUGCACUGAAUGGGACGCGCCGUCGUCCCGCGGCUUCAGCAGUGCAACAACCCAUCGAUGCUCAAUCAGGGCAGCAGCAAGACAUAGAGCUCGAACGUAUCCCAACUAAUACGAGAGCUGCGGGGGACAGCUCUUCCGCGGCAGCAGAACCUGUACGGCGGCGGAAUGUGCCUGAUGCCCCUUCGUCGAAGGAGGACAUUACUGUGUCCGCUGUUGCAGAGGCAGUUCAGCCUGACCUCGUAAUCUCUAGUCGCCCACACACCAAUGUGUCGAUGAAGGUUGGUCUAGCCCUUGUUGUGCUCUUCAUCGGCUCCUUGAUCGCCGUCCUUGUUCCUCGUAGUACCAUACCAUCCCACUCGCCGGUGUUGGACCUUUUCGCCAACAUGUACCUAGCCGGGACAAUCAUAUUCGGCGGCGGGCCAGUUGUAAUCCCUCUUCUGCGUUCGUAUGUCGUCGAUCCCGGCUGGGUCUCCGCCCGCGACUUCUUACUCGGUAUCGCCAUCAUCCAAGCCCUUCCAGGGCCGAAUUUCAACUUUGCCGUCUACCUCGGUGCUCUUGCCUUUCAAUCGUUCGGUUUACCAACGACUCUUGGAGCGCUGGUCGGCUUCGUAGGUAUCUUUACACCUGGGAUCGUCCUCGCUGUUUCGACGCUCAGCAUCUGGCAAGUCUUACGAAAAAGACGAUGGAUAGUCAGCUUUCUCAAAGGGAUCAACGCCACGGCCGUUGGUCUCGUAUUCACAGCUGUGUAUAGGCUAUGGGAAAUCGGUUAUCUCACCCCACAAGCAACGGCGGGGCAGAGUCUUGCCAUAGAUCCCUGGUGGGUCGUCGUCGCAGCCUUGACGUACUCCCAGAGCGCGUGGUUCGGUAUCUCGCCUGCGAUCGCAAUCAUCGUGGGUGCAGUGUUGGGAUUGUGUUGGUACGGCGCCGUCGGAAGGACACUGCAGGUAUAGAAGGAGAGAAUUCAGGCGAGAGUCUAUCGUAUUGAUCGGGUAUAUAGAAAGG